AUGCUGGUGUUUGACGUGACGAGCCGCGAGAGCUUUGAGCAUAUCCAGGGCUGGCUGAACGAGGCGCAGAAUAACGUGGGUGGACCCUGCCCGGGACAGUCCGUCUUCCAGCUCGUCGGCCAUAAGGCUGAUCGGGAGCAGGAGCGGCAGGUGCUGCACGAGGAGGGCGAAUACUUUGCCAAAUACCACAAGAUGAAAUACAUCGAGACCUCGGCGAUUACCGGCGAAAAUGUGAAUGACGCGUUUUUGAUGAUGGCGCACGAGGUGCACGCGCGUCUCGAGUCGGGCUACCUUCGAAUCCAAGAUGGAUGGGAGGGGAUAAAGAGUGGAAUGAUGGGAACGAGAUCAAUCUAUCUUUCUGAGGAAGACCUACGCGACGAUACGCCCUCAAAUUCAUGCUCCUGC